UAAUAAAUAGCUAAAAAUAAUUAAAAUGUGUAAGCUUCUUGGAAUUUCAGAAGAAGAAGAACCCGACUGAUUGUGAUACAUCAUCUUCGAUGGAGUCAUGACCUUCAUAUCAACACUCUUGUUCAUCAGCAUUACUUACAUGACAUACAGAUUUUUCAGAGUCUUUGGGACCACACAGAAAUUACAGCUCUUCUUCUUAAUAAUGACUGGAGUCACAAUGAUAGGAAAGAUUAUGUAUUUUGCGACAGAAACUGCCUGGAGACUUAAUGAAUGAUUGUACACUCCUGUUGUCUGUGUUGAAGAUAGCAUCUUCUGGCUUGCAGAUACCACAUUUUCUUUAGCAGUAAUCGGAAAUAUUUUCCAUUGGAUUUUUGUGAGGAUCAAAAUAACCAAAGAGAGAGGACCAAAACAAGAACAUCUCUUUAAACUGGCAGGAAUUGGAUUUGUAAUCUCCAUUUUAAUAGUUAUUCUGAUUUAUCUUGGAAUAAUUAUCCAAGCAUGUGGGUUUGGACAAGACGAUACAAGAGGUUCAAUGGUAUUUAUUCUGAUAUAUGCGGUGCUCUUUUUAUUCAUAUCUGGAAUCUACGCAAUUGCCGCUACUUCCUUCUACAAGUCAUUGAAAAAGGUGAACGAAGGCCGAGCUAAAAAUAUGAAAUCUCGGAUAAUAUUAAGUAUAUUGUUCAUUUCUGCUUCAUUCUUAGUGAGGGGCAUCAUGACUCUUCUGCAGUAUGGAUUUAAAAUCAUCGAGCAUAUCCGAAACGAUGCUAUAAAGCGAGGAGAAUGACUACUUAUCAGUGUCUUGUUCAUAUCAUAUCUGCUCGUUGAUUUAAUACCUAUUGCAUACUUAUGUUGGAGUAUCAGAAUGGUAGAAAAUCAGAAAAACGAUGAAAUCUUGACCGAUAUACAUCUAUCAGUCGGAUCAAUUUCUAAUCCUCGGCUAGAAGCCAAAUUAAACCAUAGCGACAGUGACAGUGACGAGAGUGAAGGUGAAGGGUUCUCUCGAAUCGAAGAGGACUCCUUCGUCCCGAAACAAGUCACUAUCCAGUAAAACCAUUACAGAAGGGGGCUACCUUCUUGUAAUUUCUAAAUAGCAUAUAAUAGUAAAUCGUGAGUUGUUAUUUGCGAUUUGUAAAUAAUCUCCAA